AUGCGCUUCUCCGCUGCUGCCCUCGUCUCUACCUUCGCGGCCUUCGCUGCUGCCUACACCCAGCCCAACUACAACAACCUUCCCCAGGGUAACGCCGUCCGUUCCCCCGGCCUGAACGAGCAGGUCCAGGAGGGCAAGGCCUACACCAUCAAGUGGGACCACGACCUCGGCAACACCGUCUCCAUCGUUCUCCUGCGCGGACCUUCCAACAACGUCGUCCCCAUCGAGACCCUCGCUGAGAGCAUCCCCAACUCUGGCGAGUUCGUCUGGACCCCCAGCGCCAGCCUGACCCCCGAUGUCACCCACUACGGUCUCCUGAUCGUCGUCGAGGAUGCCGGUGCCAACCACGGUGCUUACCAGUGGUCCACCCAGUUCGGUCUCUCCAAGGCCGAGGGCGUCACCAUCACCGCUACCGCUACUUCCCAGGCUUCCCAGACCACCGCUGCUCCCUCUUCCUCCAAGGUCACCAUCGUCACUGUCAUCAACGAUGUGACCACCACCUACUGCCCCGAGGAUGAGGCCAGCUCCUCCGCCGCUGCUGCUUCCUCCACUGUCAUCAGCUCCUGGGAGGUUACCACCACCAUCUGCCCCGAGACCACCGCCCCUGCUCCUGCCCCCACUGCCUCUUCUUCCCGUGUGCCCGUCGGCCCCGUUGCCUCCAGCACCCUGAAGAGCACCCCCUACGUCUACCCCACCGGCACUGCCACUGCCACCUCCGCUGUUAAGCCUACCUCCACCCCCGCUUUCAACGCUGCUGGCCGUAACGUCAUCUCCUUCGGUGCCGUUGUCGCCGGUGUUAUUGCCUUUAUGGCCCUGUAA